CUUUUCUCUUAAUCAUUAUGGCAGCCCAACAAUACGAAUUCUAUCCUCCUACAAAUAUGAACGCUAUUCGCUAUACUAUCAUGCAACGUAUCAAGCAACGUAACGAACAUCGACAAGACACUCCUCUUACUCCUCCUACUUCAAAGCAUGAUAUGGAUAAAAUCCUUCCUUACCACCAUCUCGAUAACGGCCUUCCAUCCCCUCCUAUUGAGUCCUGCUCUUUUGAAGAAGAACAGACAUCAGAUUCUUUACUGAGUAUGCACUCUUCGACGACUAAUAUACUUGAAUCACCUCCUUCUCCUGUCUUAUCACUGAACGCCAAGUCACCCACUUCUAUCGAUGGUACUGCUGAUACUAUCUCUAGUAUUCCUGUCGUUAAUACUACUACUGAUGCUGCUACUACUGCCGCUACUGAGUCUCCUGAAGAGAUUCGUGAAAAAAUUAGAUUACUUAAAGAAGAAAAGCAUAAGCUUUUUCAAGCCAUGAAAGAUUUAUUAUCGCAGCCAAAGAUGAAUGCAACAACUCCUGCCAGUCCUCCUCCUACCCCUUCGUCUCCUGCUCCUCCUGCUACUACAACAUCACCGGCAAAGCCUGUUUCAAGUACCCCUCACCCUCUUGAAAGAUCAAGAUCACAGAGUAGAGACGGUUCACUAAAAGCAAGACCUGUCGUUAUUCGAUCACGAAGUAUUAGUCAUUCUGAAUUCAGUAGACCGAUUUCUCGGUACAAUGCCAAUACAAAUGGUGGCUACCAUCAUGAGCGUAGCAGGUUUUACAACUCGAAUGAUAGUCGUUACCCUUACAAUAAUCGUCUGUCACUAUCAUCUACAUCCUCUACUUCAUCAUCACAAAUUGCAUCCCACACUAUGGUAAGUUGUUCUUUCUUAUGGCCUUCUUAAUCUAAUCUUCUUGAAUAGCCUCGUCGCAUAGUGAAUAACUCAACAAACAUUAAUAACAACAACAACAUGAAUUCAUAUCCAUCAUCCAGACAUCCACUUGCCAUUAGGCCCUCUCCUUCAUCUCGUCAAUUAACGCGUUCUGAUAGACAUUCAAGAUAUUAAAAAAAAGCGUUUUCAUUCAGCAUCACCUAUAUUUUUGACCUUUCCUUCUCAUAUAUAUCUGUAUUAUUAUUAUUACUAUUAUUCAUUUCCUUAUAAAAAAAGCUUGUAUAUAUGGUCCAUGGAAAAACCAAAAAAAAAAAAAAAUUUUAUACAAAGUGGAAAAAUAUUUUUCUUUAAGCGCACUAUUAAAAACAUAGGCAAAGUGAUACAAACUCUCCGUGCCACGCUUUAUUUACGGUUAAUAUAUAGCAAUAAAAGCUCAUAGUGU